GCCAACAUGACACAGUCAUCAACAUCUUGGCUUCCAUCGGAAUUUUAUCAGGAAGCAGAGUGCUGGCGUGGCAGUUACACCCUUCCCUGAUACCCCCAUUAAAUAAUCACCUAUAACCACCACACCAUCCUUGCCAUACACACGCACACUCCCACACGCAAAUCUCAGAGACGCAGCAAAAAGAUUGAAGGAAAACCCAACCACACUCUGUGAAUCAAGAAGAAAUGGCGGUGAAGCCGUUUGUUUCCUCUGCUUGCUUCACUGGCUUUUCAGUUCCAACAGUUUUCUACCCUCCUGAUCUCAAUCAAAGUUGUAGGUGUUUACUGUCAUCAAUGGCGAAUCCGCAGCGCUGUAGGAUUGGUAGUAAGCGAAAAGUUUCCAACUUGAGAAUUCCGAAUUCUUCCCUGAGAGGGAACUUGGAGGCCACCGGCGUUCCGACGUCCGUUCCCGUCCGUGUUGCGCACGAGCUAUUUCAAGCUGGACACCGAUAUUUGGACGUCAGGACUCCUGAGGAGUUCAGUGCAGGACAUGCCUCUGGGGCUAUUAACAUCCCUUACAUGUACAGAGUUGGAUCAGGGAUGGUAAAGAACCCCAACUUUCUGGCAGAAGUAUCAGCCCAUUUUGGGAAAUACGAUGAAAUUAUUGUUGGUUGCCAGCUUGGGAAAAGGUCGCUCAUGGCUGCCACUGAUCUAUUAGCUGCUGGUUUUAGUGGCAUUACAGACAUAGCUGGUGGGUAUGCUGCCUGGACACAGAAUGGACUUCCAACAGAAAUGUGAAGUGCAUUUGCUCAUAGCAUCUUCACCUCCUGAUAUAAUAGAACUCAGGAAGAGCAAAGGUGAUAUGCAGAAAAUAAUUUGCCAGUGUUAUAGCAAAAGAGAUCCUGGUAAAAAGUAUACUGAGAAUGUAUGUAAAAAAUUAAAAAUAAAUAAAAGUGGAAGGCCAUGUAUGAUCUGUGUUAACACAAAAAUAACAGAUGAUUAAGUUCUGGUCAACUUUGUAAAGAAUAUGCUGUGUAUAAAGAUAUUAUGACUGCUUCUGUGAC